UCGAAGCUUCAGGUUCUGAUGAGCUACAUCGACUCAAACGCCGUGUUACCUUUUGCAUUCUCUUAAAGGCUCACUCCAAUAACGUUUUGCUCUACUGCAGACUUCUGUUGCUACCUUGUUAUCACUUGCAGCUGUCAUUGUGUAAAAGAGCUUUCUGGAAAUGAGAGUUUCCUUAUGAUCCACUUGGCACCACAGCAUGCUUCUCCCAGUACAGCAUGUCCUGUAUUAGAGACAGAACUCUUGUCAUCCCUCCCGAUUUUUUAUUCUUCUCUUUUUUCAGAUUGUCUACAAAGCCUGGCUGUGUUCCCAGUACUUUGAAGUCGCUCAGUUUAACUGCAGAAAGACAAUUCCUUGCAAGCAAUACUGUUUGGAGGUUCAGACGAGGUGUCCGUUUAUAUUGCCCGACAACGAUGAAGUCAUCUACGGGGGACUCUCCAGCUUCAUCUGUACAGGAGAAGGUGAAGUUUACCUUUGAAUGCCUAAGAAGAAAUGAAUAUUGGCUCUACGAAACCUUUCUAACCACGGAGGACCCCGAAUGCUGUGAUAUCAGGAGAGAAGAGCGCCCGAGCAAGCCCUCCAGAGGGACGCUGGGGACCAGCAGCCCCUGUCACAGGACGUCACUCACAGUGUCAUCAGCAGCCAGACUGGGCAACAGCAGACUCAAACUGUGCGUUCUCGUACUGAUUCUCCUGCACACAGUGCUCACGGCCUCCGCGGCGCAGAACAGCACGACGCUGGGCUUGGGGGGCAUCCACGCGCUGGAAGAGAGCUCGCCGCGCGACGAGUAGCCCAGGAGGGGGCCCCCCAGCCCCCGCGCCCGCUGCCGCUCGGACACACACGGGGUGCUCUUACCCUCCCGCCGCUUCCCGCGAGGCCUUUAGGGUAAAACCGAGGAGGAUGGGCCUGGAUCCAAACGAGGACACAAACACAGCUUUUUAUUGACUAAAAGGCUGUAAAGUGACUUAAAUUUCUCACACCAUUUUAUACACUGUGUUUUAAUGUUUGGAGGUUUUCUUUGCUUUCCUUUGGUUUGGGUUUAUUUGUUCGUUUACUUUUUUGCACUUGUUACUACAGGAUUUAUUUUUGGGGAUGGUUUCUCAGAGGUAAACUAAGUCUUCACUGUCUCUUUCUCUCUCUUUCUCUAUAUAUAUAUUUCUAGUCAUUGUGUGUGUUCAUCAGAUAGUUCUGUCUCUCUGUCCUGUCAGUUUCUAUUAGAGGAAUGAUCGCUAUGACCUCACGGUAUAGCAAAAUACAACAACAACAACAAAAAAAAUCAUAAAAGAUAAAAAAGACAAAAAAAAGAA